UUUAAUCUCGCUUUUUUUUAAAUUGCUCUAUAGAGACGUGCAGAUAAUGUUCCUGAUUAUAGAUGUCGCAAUUACAUUGCAAAUCUCUUAAUAUUUUAGUCGUGAUGUGGAUGAACAGGAAUUCAUCUAAACGGAGAUGCAUCUUUUCUCUACACACGAAGUGUGUCUUUGAAUUAUAAAAACAACAACAAUUCAAAUGAUAAUUAAAGAUGCCGAUUUCGGCACUGGAUGUAAGAACGGUGAAAUUAAUUACUACCACGCAAGUAAUAACUUCUGUAUACGCUGUGGUGAAAGAAUUAAUAGAAAAUGCAAUCGACGCCGAUGCGGAUAACAUCGAAAUUAACCUUACAGAUAAUGGUACAUCUCUUAUAGAAGUGAAAGACAACGGUUGUGGGAUAUCCAAAGAAGAUGCACUAUACAUGGGAUUACCUUCCUACACAUCUAAAAUAUCAAGCUUUGAAGAUCUAGAUACGUUACAAACAUUUGGAUUCAGAGGAGAGGCACUUAGCGCAUUAUGUGCAGUAGCAGAAGUUACUAUUAUAACAAAAACAGAAGAAGACAAUGUUGGAAUCUCAUAUAUAAUGGAUCAAGAUGGACAAAUUGUAAAACAAGAACCCUGCCAUAGAAGUACUGGAACAACAGUACAAGUUAGAAAUUUAUUUAAGCAAGUAUCUGUGAGGAGACAGAUAAUUACUAAUACAAGAAAAGCUAAUCAGACUAUCAAAUUAUUAGAGGCAUUACUGCAAUGCUUUGGAAUAUGUAAACCGAACAUACGAAUUCAGUUCAGAGUAAACAACAAUGUUUUAUUUACAAAGCCAAGUUUAAAUAAUAUCAAAGAAGCUGUGAAUCAUAUACUUGGUAGAAAACUUAUGUCUAACAUGGAAUGGAUUGAAUCUAAGAAUGCAGAACUUUCUCUGCAAUUAAUGCUGCCUUCAAAAAAUAUGCAGAAUUUAUCAGAUAUUUUUCAUCCUGAUUUACGCUAUAUUUUUGUAAAUAAUAGGCCUAUUAAGCAUAAAAAUCUUGAAAAGCUAGUAAAUAGUUUAAUAUUGGAACAUUUUGGACAAGAGUCAUCUAGGAAAAAAGUAUUAUUUCUUAUAUAUAUUAUUUUGAGUCCAAUGGAUAUUGAUGUCAAUUUAGAACCAAAUAAAGAUGCAAUUAUGUUUAAAGAUCAGAACAAAGUCCUUAAUAUUAUAGAUAAAUAUAUAAGAAAAUUUUAUGGACUUAAAUCUGCGGAAGUCGCUGAACAAAACAUAUCUAUUGACAUGUCUACCUAUGAAGAUUAUAUACCCAAUUUGAAUGAGAAUGUUACCGAUACUGAAUGGCCUGCAUGCAAAAAACGAAAAAUACAAGAAAAAAUUCAAGAAAAAGUUAUUCAAGAAAAUUUUAUCGAAGAUGAUGCUAUACUUAUUAAUUGUAAUAAUGGAUAUAAAAAAUCUCCUCAAGAUAAACAACUAAAUGAUAAUCAAAUUCAUGAUCAGCAGCAUUACAGAGAUGCAUUGGCUAUAACAACCAAUAUACAACCACCAAAUUUGAGUGAUUCUGAUACGAAUGAUGCUUCCCCUGUUAAAAUUUCAUCUAAUGAUAAGGAAGCAAAAGAAGAAUUAACCUUAAGUCAGUUACCUGUAGUAAACCUUGGUGAAGACUUUGAUUCCAUACAAGAUAUUAAAAAUUGUAAUAUUUCCAUGAAUGAAAACACAAAUAACUUAAAUGGCAUUCAGGAAAAAGAACAAGUUACAUUAGAAACCUGGAGUAAAGGACAUGUUACUGGACUAAAGGGUGGUAUGGAUAUAAAAUCUGAUAUUGCUAUUGAGAGACAAUUAAAUAAUAAUUUAAAUAAUGAAAUUGAUGAAAUACUAGAACCAGACAGAGCGCAUGUUGAUCAUCACAAUCUUCAAUUUCUAAAACAUGUUAGAUUACAAAUUGCAAAGGAAAAUCCUACAUUAACAGUAGCUCAAACUGCAAAAAAGAUUACUGACUUUUGGAAACAAUUAUCAUCCGAAGAGCGUGGUUAUUAUCGUGAUGUUGCAAAAGAAGAAGAAAAACAGCGUCAGGAACAUAAAAAAAUUGAGAAAAAAAUUGAAACAAAUAAAGCAGGCUCAGAGAGAAAUAAGAGCAGGCUCUUGCAGUUAUUUGAAAAAAUGAAAAAUUUAAAAAAUGAGAAGAAAGAAAAAUUAAAUAUGAGAACAAUAGUACCUUGGAUCAUUGAUAGAUCUAAAAUAAUCACUAGAUCAAAUAUUGACAAUGAACACAUAAUAGGUCAAUUGACACCCAACUUAUGGGUUGCUACAAUUUGCGAACAAAUAUGGGUUGUAGAUAUUAUUGGUUUAAUUAAAGGUUUAAAAGUUACCGAUACCGAUGCAAAUAAGAUUGAUGCCAAGAAGAUUGAACGUCUUCUCAAGCAAUGGUUAGUAGAACGAGACGAUAUGUCAGUAAUGCAUUCUAUAUGCAAACGAGAAAAAUUUAAAUAAUACCAUGAUUUAUGUAAGAUAUUUUUUAAAUUAAUUUAUUAACAACUUUAUAAUAUUUUAAUGUUACAUUUUAUAGAUAAUAUGUUUAACAUACGAAAUAAACCUUGAAUUAAAUUUGAAGCGAAAA